AUGACUGCGGCCGAGAAGCAGGCUGCGAACCUUCAGAAGCUCAUGGCAAACCCCGAGAAGGAGGUGAAAAUACCAACUGCAUCCACAACUGAGAAGCAGCUGCGCCCACCAAAGGAGAUGAUGAAGAACGUCAGUGGUAGCAGUGCAGGUGCUGGUAGUGGUGAAUUUCACGUCUACAAGCAUGCGAGGCGGAGAGAGUACGAACGAAUAAAGAUUAUGGAGACAGAAGACCAAAAGAAAAAGGAGAAAUUCGUCUUUGAACAAGCACAGGCAGCGCGUGAAGCGGAGCUCAAGUCGAAAACGUCCAAAAAUAAAUCACGGCGGGACAAACGGAAAGUGGCGAAACAAAGGGCAAAAGUGGGUGCCGAUGGCGCUCCAGGUGCCCAAUCGGCAGUAUCUGACAACAAGAGGAAAUUGGAUGGCAUUGAUGAAGGAGCGGAUGGCGAUAAGAAAAGGAAGGUCGCGCCUGGUGCGGAUGCACUGACCUACUCGCGGCCGGAUGCGGAAAGUGACAGCGAAGCGGAGUAA